UGAAAACGUUUAAGACUGCGUCAGUUAACAAACUUGUUUUUGUUGUCUUGUAAGAUAGACGGUAAUCAAGUCAAAAAAAAAAUAUAUAUAUAUAUAUAUAUUCCAAAUUAAAGAGAAUGAAUUUCUACGGCUUGUGCUUCCUAUUUUUUGUCACAAUAACAUUAUCAUUUGCAACUGACACUAAAUCUGAUGAUGGUAUCAAGGUAUACAAGCGAUUGAUUCCUGCCGAUGUCUUAAGAGAUUUUCCUGGAGUAUGCUUUGCAUCAACGAAAUGUGCUAUGUUUGAACCUGGAAAGCAAUGGGACUUGAAGCCAUUCUGCGGACGAUCUACAUGUGUUAAACCAGAAGAUGGAUCACCGAGAUUGCUCGAAUUAGUGGAAGAUUGUGGUCCUUUGCCUAUUGCCAAUGAUAAAUGCAAGUUGGAUACCGAAAAAACAAACAAGACAGCUGAUUUCCCAUACUGUUGUCCUCAAUUCACUUGUCAGGAUGGUGCCAAAUUGGAAUAUCCAGAAAUUAAAACCUCUUCUUAAAUUUAAAAUUUAAUUUGCAGUGAUUUAAAGUUAUUACAACGAAUUUCUAAAAUAUAAUGUUGGUAUUUUUAGAGCUAUCGAGAGCACUUUUAUAAUAUGUAUUCCAAUUUUUUUUUUUUUUGAUAUUAAAAAAUGAGUAUUGAAACA